GAUCUCCCACUUAAAGAUGGUUUGACUGAGUAAAGUAAGUGAAACGAGGCUGCUGUCACUGCUCUGUUGUUGAAGAAGUCACACUCGUUCGCCUAUCGCCGGAACAGCCGAGGGCGACAAUCCCAGGAGAUUCGCCGAUAGAAUGCCAAUUGCACUUGAUGGGUAAUGGAGUCUAUAAACUGCACCCUAAAAAAUAAACCCUCAAGGUGGAAACAGUCUUUUUUCAAAGACUGACUCACACCAGCUCGUUGUUUGCCCGCCUGCUAUUAAAACACGGUAGAGGUGACACCUCUUCAGAUGUGGGAACAUGUUGGCUAUGGACCAAGGAGUGGUGGAGGAAUGGCUUUCAGAAUAUAAGACGCUGCCAGACAAUGCCGUGUCAGCAUAUGCCAUAUCCCUAAGAGACAAAGGUGCCCUGGUGCUCGCACUCUACAAGGUCAUCCGAGAGAACUACAGUGAACUGCUGGAGCCAGUGUGUCACCAGUUGUUUGAGUUUUACCGGAGUGGUGACCCGCAUCUGCAACGUUUCACUCUCCAGUUCCUGCCGGAACUUCUGUGGAGCCUGCUCUCCGUCAGCGCCGCCAGAGACCCGCACACCUCGGGCUGUAUCGAGGCCCUGCUGCUCGGCAUUUACAACCUGGAAAUAGUCGAUAAAGAUGGACAGAGUAAAGUAUUAUCCUUCACCGUCCCUUCCCUUUCCACACCCUCGGUGUAUCACGAGCCGUCGACCAUCGGAUCCAAUGCCCUGACGGAAGAAGCCCUGGCCAAUCACGGACUGAGCAGGGUGGUGUACAGCGGGCCACACCUCCAGAGAGAAAACUUCACCGCACAGAACAGAUUUGAUGUGCUGACGUUCCUGUUGCUGUGCUACAACGCUGCACUCAGCUUCAUGAGCACCACCUCCCUCCAGUCCCUCUGCCAGCUCAGCUCUCGAGUGUGUAUAUGUGGUUACCCGCGGCAACAGAUGCGGCGCUAUAAAGGUAUUAGCGCGCGGAUGACGGUCACAUCAGAUUUCUUGGUUCAACUCCUCACAGGGAUACACUUUGCAUCGUGCAACGGGGAAGCGGAACUGGGAUCCAAAGCCCUGGAUGACGUUCUGUAUCGGGCCCAGCUGGAGUUGCUCCCCGAAGCGCUGUUGGUGGGUAACGCCAUCAAGUCCUCGCUGCGGGGAGCAGCGCUGAAGAGCAACACCAAGGAGGGCGCGCGGAGUAUCCAGGUGGAGAUAACACCCACCGCCUCCAGGAUCUCCCGAAACGCUGUCACUUCUCUCUCUAUAAGGGGCCACCGCUGGAAACGACACGACGCAGUGGAUCUGGGUUCCCCGGACGAGCUGAUGGAUAUUUCCGAGGCGGACGAGGGGGUGUGGCCAGGCGGGGCGGGGCCCGACGUGAACCCGCCCACCAUCACCAUCAGCAACAGCGUGACCACGUUAAACCUGGGCGCCAAGGCCAUGAAGAAGUGUCGUCUGGGCGGGCGCGGCAGCAAGGACAAAGAGGCCGGCCCCCCCGCCGGCGGCGGCCGGGCGGCCAGCGAGCACGCCGAGGUCUCCGCCAAGCGCCUCACGCUGACCUCCAGCCAGUCGGUGCCCAAGGCGGGGGCGCUCACCAACCUGACGCGCACCGCCAGCGCCGUAUUCUCCCGCUCCUUUGAGCAGGUCGCCCCGCCCCCCAGUAACCACACUGCCUCAGAAUCCGGCCACUAUCCAUGCAGUCUUCAAGAGGAAGGGAUGGGGUACUUAAGUCCAGGUCCCAACCACACGCAGCGCUCUCCCAGCAUCGGUGUGCACCUUGGCUCGGACCUUUGAGGUAUUUUAACAUGAACCUUUCCUAACCGACCCUGCCAGUCUACACACCUGGACCUGCCAGCCAUGACCACUCCGAGGGACCAGGAUCCUUGGCGAGGAACACUGUGGUGGUUUCUCUACGCAAACGGCGUCCAUCCCAGACGUGUGUUCUCUGGGACAAAAAAAAAGCCACCUUGCAGCUUUCUCCGACUGGUCCGGUUGUCAGGAUCAAAUUGCACUCCUCACCUCGUCUAAAUAGGUGCACUUGAAGGGGAUCUGCCCUUUUUUUGGAAUUUUGCCUAUCAUUCACAAUCCUGAGGUAAGACCAGAACACAUUUCUUUUUUCGAUGCGUUCUAAAUAGCUAAUAAAUGUCAUCAAAAGUCCGCUUACAAUGGAGCCUAGUGGACUCGCUCUAUUCUGCCAACAAAGCCCUUAAAAAAACAUCCAAUUAAGGUUUUAUAUACACACUAAGUAUAUAUGUUUAAUAACAUUUAAUAUUUACAUAUUUUGCUCAUUCACGACAUUCGCUUUUCCCCUCGGCAACAUCACUGAUUACUACUCACUGCCGACAAACAUAAUAAAACAUCACUUACUGUACAAUGUCUGCUCUCACUGGGAUGCCAACUGAUAGAAUGUUGUCAUAUAUAAUCCUCGCAAAAAAACAGUAGGGUCUUUUCCUGUCUUUCUCGUCAUUUCAGGGUCUAAAUUGGCUGUCAAAGUGUACCAACUUGCAUGUACGUCCUUCCGCUAGACAUUAUUUAUGAUCGAGAAUAAACUUGGACAAGCGCGGACGCGAGAAAGCAGCUCACCAGUCCACGAUGUCAACGGCGCCGCUAUAAAUAGUUUGUCUGCGUUAGAGCUUAUAAUAAUAUCACUAAUACCCAGAUAAAUGGAGUAUUAUUGGCACUUUUUGAUGAAACCUAAUACAACAUCACUUACUGUACAAUGUCUGCUCUCACUGGGAUGCCAACUGAUAGAAUUAUGAUUGAAUAUAAUAAUUGCAACAAAAAAAAACAGUAGGGUGAACCCUAGCGUCUUUUCCUGUCUUUCUCGCCAUUUUCGGGUCUAAACUUGUCGGAAUACGUCCUCGUCCUUCCACUAUCCAGGUGAGAGACAUUAUUUAUGAAUUAGAAUAAACUGUCACAAGUAUUAUUGCCGCUUUUUGGAUGAAACAUCAUAAAACAUCACUUACUGUACAAUGUCUGCUCUCACUGGGAUGCCAACUGAUAGAAUGUUGUCAUAUAUAAUCCUGGCAAAAAAACAGUAGGGUCUUUUCCUGUCUUUCUCAUCAUUUCCGGGUCUAAAUUGGCUGUCAGAGUGUACCAACUUGCAUGUACAUCCUUCCGCUAGACAUUAUUUAUGAUCGAGAAUAAACUUGGACAAGCGCGGACGCGAGAAAGCAGCUCACCAGCCGACGACGUCAACGCUGGCACACAAGCCGGUGAUCACGGCGCCGCUAUAAAUAGUUUGUCUGCAUUAGAGCUUAUAAUAAUAUCACUAAUACCCAGAUAAAUGGAGUAUUAUUGGCACUUUUUGAUUAAACCUAAUACAACAUCACUUACUGUACAAUGUCUGCUCUCACUGGGAUGCCAACUGAUAGAAUUAUGAUUGAAUAUAAUAAUUGCAACAAAAAAAAACAGUAGGGUGAACCCUAGCGUCUUUUCCUGUCUUUCUCGCCAUUUUCGGGUCUAAACUUGUCGGAAUACGUCCUCGUCCUUCCACUAUCCAGGUGAGAGACAUUAUUUAUGAAUUAGAAUAAACUGUCACAAGUAUUAUUGCCGCUUUUUGGAUGAAACAUCAUAAAACAUCACUUACUGUACAAUGUCUGCUCUCACUGGGAUGCCAACUGAUAGAAUGUUGUCAUAUAUAAUCCUGGCAAAAAAACAGUAGGGUCUUUUCCUGUCUUUCUCAUCAUUUCCGGGUCUAAAUUGGCUGUCAGAGUGUACCAACUUGCAUGUACAUCCUUCCGCUAGACAUUAUUUAUGAUCGAGAAUAAACUUGGACAAGCGCGGACGCGAGAAAGCAGCUCACCAGCCGACGACGUCAACGCUGGCACACAAGCCGGUGAUCACGGCGCCGCUAUAAAUAGUUUGUCUGCGUUACAGCUUAUAAUAAUAUCACUAAUACCCAGAUAAAUGGAGUAUUAUUGGCACUUUUUGAUUAAACCUAAUACAACAUCACUUACUGUACAAUGUCUGCUCUCACUGGGAUGCCAACUGAUAGAAUUAUGAUUGAAUAUAAUUGCAACAAAAAAAAACAGUAGGGUGAACCCUAGCGUCUUUUCCUGUCUUUCUCGCCAUUUUCGGGUCUAAACUUGUCGGAAUACGUCCUCGUCCUUCCACUAUCCAGGUGAGAGACAUUAUUUAUGAAUUAGAAUAAACUGUCACAAGUAUUAUUGCCGCUUUUUGGGUGAAACAUCAUAAAACAUCACUUACUGUACAAUGUCUGCUCUCACUGGGAUGCCAACUGAUAGAAUGUUGUCAUAUAUAAUCCUGGCAAAAAAAACAGUAGGGUCUUUUCCUGUCUUUCUCGUCAUUUCCGGGUCUAAAUUGGCUGUCAGAGUGUACCAACUUGCAUGUACAUCCUUCCGCUAGACAUUAUUUAUGAUCGAGAAUAAACUUGGACAAGCGCGGACGCGAGAAAGCAGCUCACCAGCCCACGAUGUCAACGUUGGCACACAAGCCGGUGAUCACGGCGCUGCUAUAAAUAGUUUGUCUGCGUUAGAGCUUAUAAUAAUAUCACUAAUACCCAGAUAAAUGGGAGUAUUAUUGGCACUUUUUGAUUAAACCUAAUACAACAUCACUUACUGUACAAUGUCUGCUCUCACUGGGAUGCCAACUGAUAGAAUUAUGAUUGAAUAUAAUAAUUGCAACAAAAAAAAAACAGUAGGGUGAACCCUAGCGUCUUUUCCUGUCUUUCUCGCCAUUUUCAGGUCUAAACUGGCUGUCAAAGUGUACCAACUUGUCGGAAUACGUCCUCGUCCUUCCACUAUCCAGGUGAGAGACGUUAUUUAUGAAUUAGAAUAAACUGUCACGAGUAUUAUCGGCGCUUUUUGGAUGAAACAUCAUAAAACAUCACUUACUGUACAAUGUCUGCUCUCACUGGGAUGCCAACUGAUAGAAUGUUGUCAUAUAUAAUCCUGGCAAAAAAAACAGUAGGGUCUUUUCCUGUCUUUCUCGUCAUUUCAGGGUCUAAAUUGGCUGUCAAAGUGUACCAACUUGCAUGUACAUCCUUCCGCUAGACAUUAUUUAUGAUCGAGAAUAAACUUGGACAAGCGCGGACGCGAGAAAGCAGCUCACCAGCCCACGAUGUCAACGGCGCUGCUAUAAAUAGUUUGUCUGCGUUAGAGCUUAUAAUAAUAUCACUAAUACCCAGAUAAAUGGAGUAUUAUUGGCACUUUUUGAUUAAACCUAAUACAACAUCACUUACUGUACAAUGUCUGCUCUCACUGGGAUGCCAACUGAUAGAAUUAUGAUUGAAUAUAAUAAUUGCAACAAAAAAAACAAUAGGGUGAACCCUAGCGUCUUUUCCUGUCUUUCUCGCCAUUUUCGGGUCUAAACUGGCUGUCAAAGUGUACCAACUUGUCGCAAUACGUCCUCGUCCUUCCGCUAUCCAGGUGAGAGACAUCAUUUAUGAAUUAGAAUAAACUGUCACAAGUAUUAUCGCCGCUUUUUGGAUGAAACAUCAUAAAACAUCACUUACUGUACAAUGUCUGCUCUCACUGGGAUGCCAACUGAUAGAAUGUUGUCAUAUAUAAUCCUGGCAAAAAAACAGUAGGGUCUUUUCCUGUCUUUCUCGUCAUUUUCGGGUCUAAAUUGGCUGUCAGAGUGUACCAACUUGCAUGUACAUCCUUCCGCUAGACAUUAUUUAUGAUCGAGAAUAAACUUGGACAAGCGCGGACGCGAGAAAGCAGCUCACCAGUCGACGACGUCAACGUUGGCACACAAGCUGGUGAUCACGGCGCCGCUAUAAAUAGUUUGUCUGCGUUACAGCUUAUAAUAAUAUCACUAAUACCCAGAUAAAUGGAGUAUUAUUGGCACUUUUUGAUGAAACCUAAUACAACAUCACUUACUGUACAAUGUCUGCUCUCACUGGGAUGCCAACUGAUAGAAUUAUGAUUGAAUAUAAUAAUUGCAAAAAAAAAACAGUAGGGUGGAACUGGAAAUAAACACAAGACAUAUAUAUAUACUCUAUUAGCCACAACACAACCAGGCUUAUAUUUAAUAUGCCACAAAUUAAUCCCGCAUAACAAACACCUCCCCCCUCCCGUCCAUAUAACCCGCCAAUACAAAUCAAACACCCACACAGCACACUCAAUCCCACAGCCCAAAGUACCGUUCACCUCCGUAAAGUUCAUACAGCACAUAUAUUUCCCCAAAGUUACGUACGUGACAUGCAUAGCGGCACGCACGUACGGGCAAGCGAUCAAAUGUUUGGAAGCCGCAGCUGCGUACUCACGGUUCCGCGUCUGCGUAUCCAACUCAAAGUCCUCCUGGUAAGAGUCUCUGUUGUCCCAGUUCUCCACAUGCCAAUGGUAAAGCUUGAUUUUCAUCUUUCGGGAAUGUAAACAAUGAAACACCGGCUGUGUUUGUGUUGCUGCAGCCAGCUGCAAUACACCGCUUCCCACCUACAGCUUUCUUCUUUGCUGUCUCCAUUGUUCAUUGAACAAAUUGCAAAAGAUUCACCAACACAGAUGUCCAGAAUACUGUGGAAUUUUGCGAGGAAAACAGUCUACUUAAUAGCUGGCCACAAUGCUGUCCCAAAAUGUCCGCUACAAUCCGUGACGUCAUCAUACCGAAACGUUUUCAGCAGGAUAUUUCGGCGGGAAAUUUAAAAUUGCACUUUACUAAUCUAACCCGGCCGUAUUGGCAUGUGUUGCAAUGUUAAGAUUUCAUCAUUGAUAUAUAAAGUGUCAGACUGCGUGCUCAGUAGUAGUGGCUUUCAGUAGGCCUUUAAAGUCAUACCCAACAAUUGCGACAACUUUUUACUGUCAACUGAGUUUCGUUUAUUUAAUGAUUUCUGCUGAGGGUGUGCCUCUGCAUUUUGUACAAUGUCUGCUCUCACUGGGAUGCCAACUGAUAGAAUUAUGUCAUAUAUAAUCCUCGCAAAAAAACAGUAGGGUGGAACCGAGCGUCUUUUCCUGUCUUUCACGCCAUUUUCGGGUCUAAACUGGCUGUCAAAGUGUACCAACUUGUCGCAAUACGUCCUCGUCCUUCCGCUAUCCAGGUGAGAGACAUUAUUUAUGAUCUAGAAUAAACUGUCACAAGUAUUAUCGGCGCUUUUUGGAUGAAACAUCAUAAAACAUCACUUACUGUACAAUGUCUGCUCUCACUGGGAUGCCAAUGUUGUCAUAUAUAAUCCUCGCAAAAAAAAACAGUAGGGUGGAACCGGAACCGGGCGUCUUUUCCUGUCUUUCUCGCCAUUUUCGGGUCUAAACUGGCUGUCAAAGUGUACCAAUUUGUCGCAAUACGUCCUCGUCCUUCCGCUAUCCAGGUGAGAGACAUUAUUUAUGAUCUAGAAUGAACUUUCACAAGUGCGGACGCAGCUGAGAUAGGCUCCAGCGACCCCGAAAGGGACAAGCGGUAGAAAAUGGAUGGAUGGAUGGAUGGAAGUGCGGACGCGAGAAAGCCGCUCACCAGCCGAUGACGUCAACGUUGGCACACAAGCCGGUGAUCACGGCGCCGCUAUAAAUGGUUUGUCUGCGUUAGCGCUUAUAAUAACAAUAUCACUAAUACUCUAAGUAUUCAAGUUGUGAAAUGUAAACACAGCAGCAAAAAUGAGUGAUUUUCAUGAUAAAGUACACAAUCCCCAUUGUUGAUGAAUGCCUUUUAAUGUCGAUCCCCUCUGGCUGACACUAUUUAUUUUUAGUCCCCCGGCUGACCAGCAACUAGCAUUGUGGAGCAACUCCCCAGAGCUAUUAAUAUUCACCUCCAUUACUGCAAAUAAACUGCAUUCCUUAGUAUUUUAAGUACAAUUUAUCAUCGGAGGAUGAUGCUAAACAUGUUACACACCUAGAGCAAGCCAGGAGCAGCUAAGCUAACUGCUAAACUAGCUUUAUUUUUUUAUUUUAUUUUUUAUUUAAAAAAAAAAAAGCUUAACUAGCUUUAAACAACACCAGUGUUUCAUAAAGUUUAAAAAGUGUAGCUGGAGUAUUAUUGGCACGUUUUGGAUGGUUAUUUAGUGGGUUUUAUGGGCGGGAAAAUGUAAGCGGACUUUUAUUUACGUAUAUACGAGUUAGUAUGCAUUAAAAAAAACGAACAAUUGGGAAAAUUCAAAAAAAAAAAGUGCAGUUCCCCUUUAAAGCUCAUGAAAAAACACUGUGUGACAAAAGUAUUUGGACUUUCUACCAGUUGUGUGUUGCCUUUGCAUGCCUUUUCCGUACCUUCACCUUUACCUUCCCCCUGUUUGGCGGGGUCGAUGUUAAGUGUUUAGUCCUCCGAACUGAUUUUUAGCGUGGAGGCUGCUGAUAUGAAUGGGAAAAAGUCAAAUCUUUGUACGACUUUUCAAAAGAUUGCUUUGUUUUCCUCAUAGCAAUACACAUUUUACCUUCAGUGUUUCCCUUCUUUUGGACGCCACUUUGUACAAAUAUGGAGGGAGAAACCACUCGCUAAUAAGGAUGCAGAUCAGUUCUUGAUGUUUACAACGGCGCAGCGAACAAAGUCUAAUAACAAGGAAGUAUUGCACUGAGAGAAAAUAUAUAUUUUUUUGGAAUGAACUGUCAGUUGUGGUGCACCAGCAACCCAUAUUUGGGUUGUACUCUUAAGUGAAGAUUCCCACCAUAUUUGUACUUACUUCCUGUUUUUCCCUUGUGGUAAUCACAUUGCAGAACAUUGCGAUUUUCUUUCCAAACAAAACAAAAAAAUUCCUAUUCUUAAUUCAAACACUAAGGUGUACCCUUGUCUGUGCUACUAACCAUUGAUAUACAGUACAUAUUUUGGUGGGACAAUCUUGGUGUUUUGGUAAGUUGCUUUACAGAAUGUGACUGGUUCUGCUCUUGUUGUACUAAAGAUGUUUUUAU